AGUCACGGCGGCCGGCUCUGGCGGCGGCGCGGAGGGAUGAGGCAGGCGCGGGCGGCGGGCGAGCCCCGGCCCCAGUGAGGCGGCGGCGGCCUCCCCCCGGUCCUCCUGCUCUCGCUCCUCCUGCUGUCCCCCCCGGCCCGGCCCGGGGCCCGGCUCCGCGCCCGCCGGCACCAUGAUGGAGGAGAUCGACCGCUUCCAGGUGCCCGCCGUGCGCGCCGAGAUGCAGCCGCUGGAUCCAGCAGCAGCCUCCAUCUCUGACAGAGACUGUGACACGAGAGAGGGCGAGACAGUAGCCAUGAAUUACAAACCGUCCCCUCUACAAGUGAAACUAGAGAAACAGCGAGAGCUGGCUCGGAAGGGGUCUUUGAAAAAUGGCACCAUGGGCAGCCCAGUUAACCAGCAGCCCAAGAAGAGCAACGUCAUGGCGCGAACAAGGCUGGUUGUUCCUAAUAAAGGCUAUUCCUCAUUAGAUCAAAGUCCCGAUGAAAAGCCAUUGGUGGCGCUGGACACAGACAGUGAUGACGACUUUGACAUGUCCAGAUACUCCUCCUCGGGAUAUUCUUCAGCUGAGAUCAACCAGGACUUGAACAUCCAACUCCUCAAGGACGGAUAUCGGUUGGACGAGAUCCCAGACGACGAGGACCUCGAUCUAAUCCCGCCGAAGUCCGUCAACCCCACUUGCAUGUGCUGUCAAGCCACCUCUUCCACCGCCUGCCACAUCCAGUAACGGAGAAGCCUGGCGACACGAGGGUGACCAGUGCUUUCCAUUAUAACUGUAAAACUUAACAGCCAUUGCUUCCUCCUAUGGUAGGACGUGCACCUCUUUGUGUUCAUAGAGUCAGGAGAAACCAAAAAAAAAAGUCAUUUUAAGAUCCGCUUCUCUUUUUUAUUUUAAAACUACAGUAAAUGAGCUGUGAGAUGCUACCUGCAGACCCUUGGCCAGAAAAGCCCAUUGCCCUCUUUGGAGCUGGGGGCUGGUUUCAAGAUUCAUGGAUAGGAUUCAGGGGAUGGAUGGAUUGGCUGGGAAUGCUGUAGGUGUCUCUGUCUGACAGAUUUUGCCCCAGGUGCAGGAGUCUGAAUGGCGGGUGAAAGCAAUCUUUGACCAGAAAUUAAUGGAAUUUUAUUUUAUGAGCGGGAGGAGUUGAACAGGGAGAGGACGAGAGUAAGAAUGAAAUACAGGAGUUUUGCUAAAGAGGAAUUGGCCGGGAUGGAUUCAUACCAGAUGUUUGUUACUGGGGACUUGCAGUACAACGGUGGUGGCAAUUAACAAAUGCUUCCUAAAGUGUGAAAAAAUGUAGCGUAUAACCAGAGCCCACCUCUUCCCAGAGUCCUGUGGUUUUAGCUACUCAUUGAAAGCAAGCCCUAACAUAUUCUGCCAACGUUGAGGAGCAGCAUUUGUCACAGCAGAAAUAUUGGUUUCCUAAAGCUUGAAGAGCAAAAGAGAAGUUCUGCAUUUGGCUAAUGCCUUCUCCUGCAUUUGCAAAUUAACAGCUCCGUUAGCUCCUGAGAGCUGAGGGUCAACCUGCCACCCUGAGCAGAUCUUGUGUAGUGCUCAGUGGGUGCAAGAGCAGGACUGUGGCUGCGUACAGAUGCUCCUGAUGAGUUCGUAAUGCUGCACCCAUUUAUCCCAAGACCCAGGUGGCCAGGCCCAGCACCUGCCUCCCUGCUGGCCAGAACAGGAACCUUCUGGGGCCAGAAAAGGGGCAGGAUGGGCCUGCCAUCACAUAAAAGGGACCCUUUGGCACAACACCUCUCCUGUUGUCUGUUGCCAAUUAGCGUGCUACUGUCAUUUUCAGACUGGUGCCCCGUUCAGUCAUCCCCAUUGCUUGUAAAUAUGGUGCUUCUGCGGCAUUUGUAAAAACUACAGGCCAUCGGUGGUAAAGGAGCUAGAAAAGAAAAGAAAAAUAAAUAACCAGAGUUGAUUAUUAUUCUGCUUUGCUAAACUCAGACCGUGCCAAGCUUUGCAACAUAACAGGCAAAUAUUUAAAUAUAUAUAGGCACAAAAACAAUUUGACUGAGCAGUUGUCCCUAUCUAGGCCAAGUUUCCUGCCCUCCUUGAAGGACUCCUGUUCCAAGCUGGGCUUAUGAUUUGUCCCCGUCUCAUAAACCGUCCCCUUAUGAGCCCAAAGUUCAGAUUGCUGUCUCCUCCUGACAGAGCAUUAUGUAUGUGGAUACUACAUAUGCCAUUGUGGUUAGCAGGUCCACCUUCUGUCAGUGGAUAAAAUGGUCCUGCUUGGAUGAGGAUUUCUUUCAUGGUCCUCUUGGGGAGGAGUGAAGAUGCAAAAGAAAACAAGGUAUUUUGGAAAUAAGAAACAGGAGGAACAUUGCAGCUGUUGAGCUGGUAUUUGAGGUUAAGGACCAGCACGGAAGAGCUGCACGGGAUGAGCAGAACCAUAGCAAAGGCUGACCCUUUAACUGAAUAAACUCUGACCCCCACGUAAAAUUAUCUUAUUAGUAACGACUCUAGGCCUGGAAAAGUUCGCUUAAAAAAAAGACAUUCUUAACCCCUUUCAAAAGCUUCUACCUAGAGAUUAACUCAACCGUAUUUGAUUUUCACACAUUGUUCUUUCAAAUUGAUAACAGUAACUUUAAAAAAAAACUUUUGCACUGCUUAAUGGGAUUAUGGUCCCCUACCUUUGUGUUUGUAGCCAAAUGCUUUGUAUUUUUUUUCCUCCACCAGACUUUUGGAUUGCAAAAGGACUGUGCUUUGAAGUUAACUUUGCUCAUAUUUGUGCACUGAAGAGAUUGGUAAAUACCAUGGCCCACCCCCCUUCUUUUGACCUGUGAGUGGCUUAAAUGGGCAUGUGCUUUCCAAAAACACUGGUGAAAAUAUAAAUUUCUUCUUUCAAACUUCACAAAGGUCCUUGAGGAGGACACUAUUUUAGUAAGGGCAGUAGAGUGGCAUAAAAUGAAAAAAAACCCAACAUCCUUUUUGGCUUCUCCUUGCUUUUAAACUUUGUGUUUCCAUGUUUUCUAAGAAAGAGAUAUAUAAGAAGAGGCAAAUGAGCAAUGUAUUCUUGCCAUCAGAAUUAGCAGAAGCCCAUGUGGCUGUAGAGAUGGUUCCCAUGUCACACUGCCAUUGCUUGGGGUUAUUUCACACAUGAUAGAAGCAAACCUGGAUUUUGCCCCAGUGUCCAGGCAUGGCUCCUGAUAAGAAUCCUUGAGGGUCCGUGUGCUUGUAGGCAUCUGUAACUCUGUUUGCACUCCCACUUCCUCUUAGAUGUGCCCCUGAAAGCUCUUAAGGGCCUGCAAUGGGUCAAGUUGUUUUAUGGAGAGCUUGGCACUUCCUUAAGGAGUUUUUGACUGUGACUGGCAGGUCAUCAUAGGGAAUGGUUCAGAAG